UCCGAUUUGACCGAUUUGACUCACAAUUACACUCACCUUCGCACAUCAUGUCAGAAGAACCUCUAUUCGAUCCUUCCCUCAAAAAAAGGAAAAAGAAAGCCGUAGCCUUCACUGAAGACCCUCUAGGUCCCGAUGCAGAUCCCACAACCCCUGCGCCAGAAAGCAUCGAUAACACAACGACGACUGGAGAGGAAGUUGAUCUUGGACCUACGACUGCUCACGAGCAAAUGAAGGAGAAGGAAGAGGGUGAGGAAGAUUUCAAGGCCAUGUUUGGGGACUUGAAGAAGAAGAAAAAGAAGAAGGAUAUUCCGAUGGACUUGGGUGACGGCGACUCUGGUACAGCGACGCCAACUACAGCAGCUCCAGCUCCAGCUGCAACUGAAGAUCUCGAUUUUUCUGAUCUCAAGAAAAAGAAGAAAUCGUCCAAGAAGAAAGCCAAUUUGGAGGCGUUCGAGAAAGAGCUAAACGAAUCUAAAACCAAAAACGAGGAUGAAGAUGAAGACGAUGAACAUCAACCCAAGCCCAUCCUUGAUGAUGACGGUGACUUGGGUGAAGAUCCGUUCGCUCAACCCGAUGCACCUACGGGCAUGGAAUCCGGGAAUGAAGCAUGGUUAGGGAGCGACAGAGAUUAUUUAUAUCCUGAGCUGCUUACGAGGUUCUAUACACAUCUUCACGCUGCCAAUCCUGCUCUUCUGUCGAGCACUUCAGGGAAACGAUACACGAUUGCGCCUCCUUCCAUUCACCGUGAAGGAACGAAAAAGACGAUCUUUGCGAAUAUUUCGGAUAUUUGCAAGAGGAUGCAUCGUCAGCCCGAGCACGUUAUACAAUUCCUCUUUUCGGAAAUGGGUACGAAUGGAAGUGUAGAUGGGGAAGGGAGACUGGUCAUCAAGGGAAGGUUCCAACAGAAACAGGUGGAGAACGUUUUGAGGAGGUAUAUUGUGGAGUACGUUACAUGCAAGACGUGCAAAUCUCCCGACACGCUGUUGACGAAGGAGAACCGAAUUUUCUUCAUGUCGUGCGAGAGCUGUGGAAGUAGACGUAGUGUCAAUGCUAUCAAGAGUGGGUUCCAGGCCCAGGUUGGGAAGAGAAGUAAAAACAGGCCUGCGUAGGGUUUUCACCUUAGCCGGGUUGUUUGCGUACUGUGCAGGCAAUUUUUACUCCUCUGUGGGGUGUUUAUCCUUCUGGCGGUGCUGGGCCUUUGUGGUUAUCCAUGCCGUCAGCGUAGUGUUGUUCCCUUAACGCCAUUUUCGUGUAGUGUAGCAAACUUGCGCAGUGGCCUAUAUAUGGAGUUAAUUAACGCCUUUCACCGUAGGAACUUUUGGCUGUACAGAAGGUAUUAAUGGUAAUCGGAAGCAGCGAGAUCGAGAGCACGAAAGGGUUCGCCAAGUAAGCAAGAUGAAGUCGUCAGUGGUUC